AUGCGUUAUCUACGUGCCAAAGGAAUUCGCAAGGCGCUUCGUCAAUUCCACUUUCUAUGCGGCCUUAAAGCACCAUAUAAAGUACUACUAGAUGGAAACUUUAUUGCCAUGUGUAUACAGAUGAAAGUAGAUGUACAUGAGCGUGUAUCCAAGUAUCUUCAAGUAAAACCGUACGAGUGUGAGUUUUACGUACCACGGGCGGCACUGGAAGAGUUGGCGAUACUAGGAGAAGCUACAAAGGAGGCUUAUAAACUGGCCAAGAGCUUUAAAGUAGCAGAGACGUAUGAUCAAUCUGAAAAGAAGGACGAAGAGGACAAACCCGUUGACGUGUCCAUGGCGAUCCAGAAGAUUAUUGGAGACAAAAACGACCGUAAGUUUGUCGUGUGCACGCAAGAGGUGGAGCUUCGCAAGGCACUACGUCUGGUACCUGGUGUUCCGCUUAUGUAUUUGAAUCGAUCUGUGCUGGUGUUUGAAGAGAUCUCGCACGCUACAUUGGCGAUUGUACGGCAGGAGGAAAAAGCCAAUAUGGCGAAGCUCGACGUGAAUGAAAAGAGAAAGCUGGAACAAAUGCAAGAUGAUGAAGAGAGUGAAGAUGAACACGCGGAGAACUUGCGGCUGCAGAAGAGAAGAGCGAAGGGUCCUAACCCAUUAUCAGUCAAGAGACCUACGAAUAAGAAGGUUCGCUCGAAGAAGAAAAAGCACUAA